ACGUGGCAUCAUGGGGAAGAUCCACCACGUGCAAUUUAAUUGACAGUUCAUGAGUGGGAUUGUUGUUUACAGGCUCUGACUUUUAUUAAUGCUAACAUGGAACCGACGGAAGAUUCCGAAACUCAAAAUGAACAGAAACCCAAAAACCCGAAAAAACCGCUUCCGAAUGGAUCCUGAGGAGAGAAAGGCUGAGGAUGAAAGACGAAGGCGUCGUCGUGGUCGCGUGAUUGUUCGAAAUAUUUCGUAUAAAUCCACGGAGGAGGCUCUCCGAAAGCACUUUUCGCAAUACGGGAAUAUAAACGAAGUUAAUAUUUUAAAACGACCAGACGGGAAGCUGGUGGGGUGCGCCUUCAUCCAAUUCGAGAAGGUAAACGAGGCGGCCAAAGCGAUUUUGAAGGCAACCAACAAAGAAUUCCUGGGACGUCCAGUGUACGUGGACUGGGCCGUGGGCAAGGAUCAAUUCAAUAAACAGAAGGAAGCUAAAGUAAAGGAUGAGCCGAAAGUUGAGAAAGAAGACGGAAUGGAAGAGGACGUGAAGAGCGAGCCCGAGGAAGAGCCGGACAGUGAAGCGGAAGUCAAAAGUGAGGCUGAAGAUGAAUCUGUAGGCGAGUCCGACGAGGAUAUGGAAGCCUCUGGGGAGGAAGACCAUGAUUCUGGCGAAGAGGACGGAGAAGGAUCCGAUGAAGAAGAUGAAAAGAAAUCCAAAAUCAAAAUAGAGGAUGAUGGAGAAAAGAAACCCAAACGUAUUUCAAAUGAUGUCAACGAAGGUUGUACAGUCUUCAUCAAGAACGUUCCUUUUGACGCGACCGUUGACGACUUACGAAAGUGCUGUCGGAAGUAUGGACCCCUAUACUACGCCCUAAUUAACACCGACCCCGUUUCCGGCCACUCGAAAGGAACUGGUUUCGUAAAGUUCAAAGCGAAAGAGUCAGCGGACAUGUGUUUAGCCGCCGGGGAAGAAUUCGUACUGUUGGACACGAUCAUGGAGCCAAUGCCCGCACUAAGCAGAGAGGAGCUUCGCAACCAGAAAGAUGCUACCAAGCGAAAGGAUCCAAGCGAUUCCAGGAAUUUGUAUCUAGUCAAGGAAGGUCUGAUCAUGGCCGGGUCCAAGGCGGCUGAAGGCGUAUCAGCUUCUGAUAUGAAUAAAAGGCACAAAUUAGAACAGACUAAAACACAGAUUUUGAAGAACUUGAACAGGUUCGUGUCUAGAAACCGCCUCUCUGUGCAUAACCUUCCAUUACACUAUGACGAUGAGAAACUCCGAAAAAUGGUAAUCAGAUUCACGGGAUUCACACCUCAUGAGUGCCGGGUCAUGCGUGAAAACAGAUCUUCACCCGGAUUUCCGCAAGGCAAGCCAAAGGGCUUUGGAUUUAUAUCAUUCAAAACUCACGAAGACGCACUGAAAGCGCUCAGAAAGCUGAAUAACAAUCCAACGGUGUUCUCUCCCCAAGCACGUCCCAUCGUCGGCUUCAGCAUAGAAGAUCGAUCGGUCCACAAAAUCAAGCAGAGGCGCACACAGAAAUCGCGCGAAAACAACCCCACAUACAAAGAGAAACUAGAGAAACUGAAAGCCAGGAGAAGCAAAAAGAAAUCUGAGAAGAAAGACGACAAAUCCAAAGUCCAAAACAACAUUAACAAGAAGGCGACCUCCGAAAAGGUUCCCAAAGCAGAUGAUAAAGAAUUUGAGAGCUACGUGGGAACUGCUGCGAUGCCAGGGGCGGUUGUAAAGAUGCGUUCCAGCCGGAAAAUCAAGGAACAGGCCAAGGUCCAUCUGAAGCGAGUGUCCGACCAGAAGAGGAAAGAGAAACAACGCAAGGAGAAACUUUUGCAUCGUAUUGAACGGAAACAGAUUGAGAGACCGAAAAAGGGCAAGAAGAAGGUUGACAAGGAUCAGUUCUCGCAAUUAGUCAAUAAGUACAAGCGAUUGUUGGAUAAAAGAAAUGAGGCUUCGGCUCCUGGAAAGGCCGGGAAGAGAUCCAAGUGGUACGCAGAUUAGGAAUUUAAAGUGAGAUAGGAAGUUUAUGUGAUUUUCGUUGGUUUUGUAAAUAAAGUUUAUUAUUUCGAA